AAUGUCUCGGGUUUAGCUUGGGGACUUCGAUGAACCUCAAGAGGCUUUGUGAAGUUGUUGAGAGCUCAGAAAACUGCCACGAAAACACCAACUUUGACUAUUAUUCAAAAUCUGACACGGAAACAACGAGUUCUUCUGCAUCUACUGCCACUGUGCCUCCUUCAGCUACGACUGUUACUGCCACUACAACGAUCUCACCAACUACUACGACUCCGCUUCCUUCAACUAAGUCUGCCAUCACGAUGACUUCACCAACUACUACGACUCCGCCUCCUUCAACUACGUCUGUUACUGCUACUACAACGCCUUCACCAACUACUACGACUCCGCCUCCUUCAACUACGUCUGUUACUGCCACUACAACGCCUUCACCAACUACUACGACUCCGCCUCCUUCAGCUACGUCUGUUACUGCUACUACAACGCCUUCACCAAUUACUACGACUCCGCCUCCUUCAACUACGUCUGUUACUGCCACUACAACGCCUUCACCAAUUACUACGACUCCGCCUCCUUCAACUACGUCUGUUACUACCACUACAACGCCUUCACCAGCUACUACGACUCCGCCUCCUUCAACUACGUCUGUUACUGGUACUACAACGCCUUCACCAACUGCUACGACUCCGCCUCCUUCAACUACGUCUGUUACUGCUACUACAACGCCUUCACCAACUGCUACGACUCCGCCUCCUUCAACUACAUCUGUUACUACCACUACAACGCCUUCACCAACUACUACGACUCCGCCUCCUUCAACUACAUCUGUUACUACCACUACAACUACCUCAUCAACCACUACGACUCCGCCUCCUUCAACUGCACCUGUCACAACGACUUCAACAACAAUUAGGACUCUGCCUCCAACUACAACUGGCUCUCCUACGACUCUUACAACAGCGAGUUCGAUUUCCCUGCUCGACACAGAAACGAACAAGGUGGUGAUAGGAAUACAUACAGACAGUGAUAAAAAGACUCUGAUAUCACUGAUCACGCAAACGAUGACCUGGACCGGCUCACCAUACAGCAAAACGGGGGGAAGCCAAUGCAACAACAACAGUGUCGUCACCGCCACACUGAGUGAUGCCUCAGAGUUCUGGUGCACCCCGGUAAGUGGCAGCGUGUCCAGCAGCAACUGUACUCAGGUGGACGUGAAUUCCUCCACCAAAAGCUGCAGCUGUCCCACCCAAUACGUGUGCACAUCGGUGUUCUCGGGCAACCCCAAGGCUCACAUCAAGUGCUGCAAGCUAACUUCGUCAUAGUUUAUGACACCUUCGAGAACCUGGGAGUCUUCUCUCUCUCGAAAAAAAAAAAAGUCAACAGAACAACUGUGAAGGAAGGAGUUGGACGACGUGGUUUGAACAAAAUGUGGCAGUUUCUGUUCCUCGCAGAGGCCGGAGGAUGAUAUUGUACGCCCUGCUUGCCGAGUUAACGAGAAUUUUGCUCGUCGCACGAGAUAAUGACGGCACAGCAGCUCCCAUUAACCACACCUGCGAUAAUAAGCAUAUCUGCGGGCGAUGCAUAUUUAUUGUGAAAUGCUGAGUUUUCUCUCUCUCUCUCUCUCUCUCUCUCUCUCUCUCUCUCUCUGUCUGUCUGUCUGUCUUGACUCGUCAUGAAUUACUUGUAUUAAAUAAAGGCAUGCUGAAAAGACCACUCCAGUCAAUUGAAUGCAUUUUAUGUGUAUACCUAACUACAUGAGCUGAGAGGGAUGGCGCGCAGGGAGGCACAUAGACAGACAUAUAUUGGGAAGAGAUGCAAGUUGUUGGGCAGCAUAAGCUUCCCGCACAGCUGAGUGAGAAAUGUUUACGGUAUGCCCGGUCAAAGUUCAAUCUAGUGGUGAGUUUGGCCUUUGGUUUGUUUCUGUAGCGAGUUUGAUGAAAGAACUUGGGAGCGAAAAUAAAUAAUGAAAUUGCACGAGUUAUUUAUUGCAAC